AUGUCGAGGACUCGCCCCAACAUAAUUAUCACCGGCACCCCUGCCGUUGGCAAGACCAGCCAUUGUGAGCUGCUAGCAGAGAACAGUGGCUUACAGCACCUCCCGGUCAACCAGAUUGUGAAGGAGAAACGUUGUCACGAGGGUUGGAACGACGAAUACAAGAGCUGGAUAGUGGAUGAGGACAAGCUUCUUGACACCCUCGAAGAAGACCACGCCGUUUCUGCCCAGGGCGGCUUCCUCAUCGACUGGCACGCCUGCGAUCUCUUCCCCGAGUCCUGGAUCGAUCUCGUCGUGGUGCUGCGCACUGACUCACAGAAGCUUUACGAUAGAUUGAAGGCUAGAGGUUAUGGAGAGAAAAAGCUACAGGAGAACCUGGACAGUGAGAUCAUGGGGAUUCUGAGCGAGGAAGCUAUAGAGGGGUUUGAGGGGAAAAUCGUAGUUGAAUUGAAAAGUGACACAGAAGGGGACGUGACGGCGAACGUGGGGAGGGUGGAGGAGUGGAUCAGGGAUUGGAGCAAAGAGAGAGCGAAGGGAGAUCGGCUAGAGAAUGAUCAAGAGAAUAUUGGGUGA